AUGCACGAACUCCAUCUUAGCGCUAUCUCCUUCACCCGGAGAAAAAGCUCGUCUUCCCCUUCGAUGCCCACUCUCCCCUUGCCCGUCCACUCGCUAUCUCAGCCCUCGCCUCGCGAAUCGAGCACCCAGGCCGCGCCCACACACGGACCCCACAAGAAGCCAAAACCCCGAGGAUUCGACGCCGCGGGUGCCCGUGCCUCCCUGAUCCCUGAUCGCGAGCUGCAGUCCCCCCGGCGUGCCUGCGCAUGUUCCCAGAGUGCUUCCGUAGCGCGUGACAGCCACUAUCUGUCGCCUGUGUUUGCAUCUGCGCAUCUUGUCGACGGGAGAGCGCGCGAGUCGAGGUCGCAUUGCGGGACAUGGGAGGCGACGGAUGAGACGGGCGCGCGGGGGUUCCUCGAGCGACGCUCCGCUCAUAGCACCUCCGACUGCAUCCUACGAACGGACAAGGUCCUUCGCUUGGGAUUCGCAGGCUCGAGCUUGAACGCUUCAACCCUCAAACGCAGAACCUCGUCUCCCCCACGCUCAUCUGCGAUGACCCAAGCCCGCCUCUGCGCUUCGUCUUCGACGCCCGUUCUCCAGCCAAUGAGUGCCCUGCUACCUACAUUGCGCAUGGAUGAAUCAUCUUGUCUACGUAUCUGUACGUCCACUGCCCCGGCGGAUCGCCGCCCCAUCUCACGUCUAGGGUUUUGGGAGGGGGUGGGUCAAGCCUACACGCACGCGCGUCCGCGUAUAUGGGUGACCGCAGCUUUGAACCUCCGGGGUUCACGCGUGUUCGCUGCCGCAAGCACAUCUGACGCCGGUGCAGGGCUGGUUGACCACAAUUCUGUAAAGCGCCCGUCAAACCUACCUCUCUCGAGCUCCGAUGCUUCCGACUUCGAGUCCAGCCUGGCCCCGCGAGAACUGCACCGCACGGCGGCAGAUAGAGUCGUGUCGCUCACCUCCACCUAUUACUUGCCAUCUCUCUCUCCUUCUCAUCUCCGAGAGCCUCCGAGCGAGCCCGAGCACGCGACACGCGAUCUUCAUGAAGCACUGCCGUUCGCGUUUCCGUUUCCGUCGCUGGCUGCGAUGACGCAUGCAUGUAUAUGCCUGCGGACCAGACACACGCGUACUCCAGCAUUUCCUGAAUGGGACGGAAGACGCACACGCGGGAACGGCGUGUCGUCCUCUUCUUCGUCCUUCCUCUUCCUUCCUCCUCCUUCCAUCUCCCUCUCGAUUUUCUUCUUCGCACCCCUGAGCCCCUCCCGCCCCCUGCCCCUCUCCCUCCGCGCCUCCUGA